CCCAAACUGGAAUAUUUCUUCAGCUUGGGUCUUGCCGUAAAGCGCGCUGCCAAGUGUCGCGGUGGCGGCGGCCUCCCUGCCGCUUUACAGCUUCCCCUGGCAACCCUGGGCUCCCCGCCGCGGCCCCUCCCUCCCUCCCCUUCUCUCGCGCUUCCUCAUAGCUCCGCUGUUCCUGAGGCGGGGGGGAGGAUCCUUGUCCCUGUCGCCAUGGCAACCUCAGAACGAGGGGAGGAGCCAGACCGGACCCUUUUCGUGGGGAACCUGGAGAGCCGCGUCCAGGAGGAGAUUCUCUACGAGCUCUUCCUGCAGGCUGGACCAGUAACCAAAGUGACCAUAUGCAAGGACAAAGAUGGAAAACCCAAGGCUUUUGGAUUUGUCUGCUUUAAACACACAGAGUCAGUGCCUUAUGCCAUAGCUUUGCUGAAUGGGAUUCGUUUAUAUGGAAGACCAAUUAAACUGCAAUACCGGUUUGGAAGUUCUCAUUCUGUAGAUUUAAAUAGUCCCUGCAAAGUUAUGGAAACUGAUGUACAGCCACCAACAUACAGGACUGGAGAGCCUUAUGGUGGUAGCCCUGUUAGUCCUUUUCAGAUGAAUAAUGGUCCAUAUCAGCGUUAUUCUGCCUAUCAAAACAUGAUGACAUACCUCUUAGCACAGCAGUAUGCUCCUUUCAACCCAAUUGGACAACAGUUUCCUUGCUACCAGAUGGCAACACCACCACCUCCGGGUUUUCUUAUAUCACCGUACCUGAAUCCAGGACAAAUCUCUUUUGACUCUGUCUAUUCAGAAAUAAAGAAUCACACAAAUAAUCUAGUGAAGGCAGGCAGAUAUAAAAGGAAAAGAACUCAGGAAUCUAGUGACAGUGACAGUAGCAUGGAAAAUGAAAGGAAAAAAACACGGAGAAAAUGAGCAAAACUAUAAAGUGGCACAUGCAGUGAGUGGGUUUGACUACAUAGUUUAAAGCGGAAAGGCCUCUUUAUACUUCAUUAUAAGGAUUAACAAGAUAUAUGAGACAGUUAUUAUAGUAAUUUCAACCCAAGGAAGAUUUACAGAGGUUUGAGAUUACGUAUUACAGAAACUGACUUUCAGGUGAAAGGUAAGAAGUACCUUAUUGGAGGCCGGUUUCAUCAUUGCCAUAUACUUCAUCGGUAUAUAGAAGUAUACAUGCUGCUUAACAGACUACAUGAAGCACUAUAGUCUCAUCUAAUACUUUUAUUCUUGUUAAACUAGAGAUGCCUUUAGUCUGCCUUGUAAUUACUCAAUGCUGCUGUUAAAUAGUUAAGAGUUUUUGUCUUGCCGUGCGUUUCAUGUGACUCGUGGAGCUCGGCUAUUGAGACACACAGAGCUGCAUGCAGAACUGCCCCUGUUGAGCUCUUUCUCUGGAUUGGUAGAGGAAACCUUUGUGUGGAGAAACAUGGUUAAAUAUUUUCUGCACAUACAAAUCUGGCAUGUCAUACUUAAGUUUACUUUUCUUAAGUUGCUACUUUGCUUUGUGGAAGAGCUCUUUCUUUUGCUUAGACAAGGAAGCAUUGAAAUUUAUAACUCUUCUGAUGCAGAUUUUUAAAUGGUUGUAUUUCUCAGCUGUGCAUGCUUGAAUUGACUUUAAGAGUGAUAACAUCACACUUUGUAUAGAAAGUAUCACUGAGUUCAAGGGGCCUUACUCCCAUAUAAGUGCAAUGCAUUUGCAGUUUCACUUGGAAACAUAAGAAUUUUUUUGGAAUCAGUGAGAUUUCAUUCUGAGUAAAUAUUUGCAGAAAGACACAGUGAAUAAAGAACAGGAAUAAAAAAAACCAAGGCUUAAUUGUGUCUAUUAAAAGAUGCAAGAGAAUGAAGUAAUCUUCUCAAAGAAAAUUUGGUCGCACAUGAAAGAAAAUAAGUCUGACUCAUAAAAAUAUUUGUAAACUUAAAAGGAUAGAUAUGUAUUUGUAUGCCAAGGAUUUUUGGUUUGCAAAGUAUGUAUAGACACAUGUUAUGUAUAUUUUGUUUUUUAAAAUGCAAAUAAAAGACAAAUCUUGA